ACGGUAACUGCCAGUCAGAGGAGCUGGGAGAUAGGCACUGCUAGGAGAGCAGAUUAUGAAGCGGAGCUCAACUAGCGGCAGUCUCCUUUCAUUGUCUCAAUGGCUACACACGCAUUCCUCCUCUGCUCCCUCGCCUUGCUGUCCGCUCUCAGCCGGCCUGGGCUCUCCUUCACUGAGGAAGUGCUGCAGCCGGGACUCAUCUAUGACGAAGUGCCUGAAAUCCUGGACAGAAGCAAAGAGGACCCCAAACAAGCAACAAGAGUCACAUCAAGUCAAGAUGGUGGGUACGGCUUAGAAAGUGAAGAGGUUAUUUUGACGCCUGAAGAUGAAAACCCACUCAGGAGAAUACUGCAGCCUUUUAACUGGCAUCAGCCAGGGAUGUCUCACAGUAAGAGGAAGCUGCUCCAGUCUCUGAUGGGGCCUUACGGCCCACUGAGCGUGUCUUACAAUGGGAAGACCUGCAUUCUGUUCAAGGCAAAGCGCCUGGCAAUCCGCUACAGGAACCAUACCUUUAUUGACCUGACUGAGAGGGUCUUCAACACCAACGCACCCGUAGACACUAAAGGCUCCAUCUGCACCAAGGAGAAAGCUACGCUUUCAUUGAGGUUUGGUGAUGUGGAAGACUUGCGAGGUCUAGUAAUCAGGCUUCAGAUGUCAAACACUUUUUAUGAGGCAGCUGGUCAAAACUGGUUUACACUAGACAGUGUUCACAUCCACUACAACUGGACCCAGGAGGCUACCUUCAAUGCCAGCGAGGUCUACGCUCCUGCCACUUCAUCCUACCAUUGCCAACACGUCAGCAGCCUGCACAAAUAUGACACCCUGCUAGUGCCCAGCUCCCACACUGACACAUCCGCUAACUGGCACAUCACUUUCACUGAUUUCCAGAUCCAGGCCUUCAAUGUGCAGUCAGACAAGUUUGCGUCGGCUAGUGACUGUGCCACUUUCCUGACACCAGCCAUCCUGAUGGGCUUGGUGACAUCUUUGAUCCUGCUCCUCGUCUUAGCCUAUGCCCUGCACAUGGUGGUACACCUCAAGCACAUCGACCGCUAUGAGGAGCACAAAGCCACCGUUUACUUUCCCCGUAGUCCAGAGGCUGAGUUGCCAGACAAGAACAGCCUGUGAAGGAAAAAGACCUGGAGGACGACAGGGGAGAGAGGGAGAGAGAAAGCUGAGAAGCAAAGCUGAGGGGAGUGCAAGUGAAUACAAGAGUGGAAAAGUAUCCUCCACAGAAUAUUUGUUCAACACAAUGACAACUUUGCCUGUUUAUAUGAAAACCUUUUAAGUCUUAACUACUUUAAGUAAAUGCAGACCGUGGUCGGAUACUUUUUCCUCUUUCCUCAUUGACCUGCAUCUUGGCAUCCAUAUUUUGAAUAAGGCCUUUGGAUGUUCAAGUCUCUUCCUGAGAGAUGGUUCAUGAUCCUAAUGUCAAAGGUCAGGGACAGUCCCGGGGCCCUGAAGGGCAACAGCAUAUACAGGCCUUUACCCCAGUCAGCCAUUAAAACCACAAAAGGCUAGCACCUGUAGCUAAUACAGCUAAAAUCAGAUGCUCCUGAUUAUAUGUAUGUAUUAUAUGGCUCACAAGUGUCAUAUUACAAGCUUCCAUCACACACAUUGUCUUUCCAGCUUUCAUUACAGUGUACUUUGUCUAAUACUGCUGCAAGAAAUAUAUACUUCAAACAGCCAGUUUUAUAGCUGAAAUAGCCGUAUUAGCUGCAUGCCAUAAAAGGCUGGUCUAUCUGGGCUAGCACAGUGUUUCCUAAUAAUAAGGAAUACAGAGAGUCUUGCAUGACUUGCAGCUUAAAAUAAUCAAAUAUGGCACAAAGUAGAAGGAGCUUGAAAAGCUUUUGAGUGUAAGUGAAGGGAAAUAUUGGGAACCACUGGUCUAGCACCUGGCUGGAGUGAAUGGACCAGCACUACUGGCCCUUCAGAGCCUCUGGCAUCUCUCACCCCACCCCUGAACAAGACUGCUGCUUGGGACUUAACUGUGAAACAGCCUUUUACAGACCAGCCAGACAAAGGGGGUUCUACAAACUAGCACAACACUGGUUAGUUGCGAAAGCACUAACAACAAACUAUCAAAGACUAUACAAGGAACUUUGCUGCACAAGACUGCCCGUCUGAGGGCAUGGCAGGAAUGCAGGUCUUGCGAUGACUUGACUCUCUGAAAGUCAAGUGUUUGGACAAGGGAGGCCAUGGGUCCUCCAUCCACACCACUGGGUUUGACUGCCAAAGUGAAGCUACAAAGGAGUUGCCAUAAAAUAUGGUGAGAGACAGAAUGAGAAAAUGUGAAAAUGAAAGCUAACAGUUACAGCUAUGUACAAAACAAAAAUACAUACAUGUACAGAAGUGUCACUCUGCGGAGGUCUUUUUUAUAUACAAUGUAAUCAUGAAAUACUAUUAGGUACAGGAUGACUAUGCUAAUCCUCAUAACCAAAAGGAUAUACAAAGCUGUAGAUACAAUUAAGAUCUCUAUAUGAUCAUAGCUGUUUACUUUCUUCAAAUAUUGCACAACUAAUAAACAUAGGUACAAAUAAGACAUUGUGCUAUGAGGAUUGGUGAAAGUAUCAAUGCAUAUGAUUUUUUCUACAAAGUAUUAACAUAUUACACUGUCUGUCUAUUUGUUUUAAGCUGGACCUGACAAUGUCAGGUCCAGUUUCAUCUAACUGUACAUUACAGUACAAAUUCCUACCAUAGAAGGACGAUACUAUGGAAUGCCGUCCACCCACUGGGACUUAUAGAUGCCAUUAUUAUGCCAGAAGCCACACUAGCAGCAGUAACAGCAUCAGUAAGUCAUUACUACUGAUAAAAACACUCAGCAUGACAGUAAAUAGAUAUCUUAACAUUCGAUAUGGCAGUUCUGUCAAUCUGUAGCAGUGUGAAAUGUGUUCUUUGGUCAUUAAUGUAUCCUGCAAACUAUGAAAUAAGAGGAGGCGGUUUGUCCAAGGACCAACCGAUGUAGACUGAACAAUAAAUGAUAUUCAGAGGAAAA